AUGUCCACCACUUCUACUGUCACUCAAACCGCCCUUUGCUCCAGGCCGGACCUCAAGGUCAUUAAAAAUGGUUUCGGUGCCGAGAUUACUGGCCUGGAUUUCACUUACGGUGUCACUGAUGAAGCGUUUCGCUUUAUUGAGGAUGCGGUAAAGAAGUAUGGCUUUGCCGUUGUCCGUAAGACAAACCUCGUCGACGAGACCCACCUCGAGCUGGCUCGCAAGUUUGGUGAACUUGACGAUGUAACGCCCUACAAUAAGGCGGGCCGUGUGCACCGUCUCAAAUACAACGAGCUCUUUGACGUGGGUAACAUCGAACUUGACGGCUCCAUUGUGGACAUAAACAGCCCGAGGGGUGAGGCGAAUAAGGGUAACUCUCUGUUUCACACCGACUCUAGCUUCAACCCUCGCCGAGCCGGUUACUCUCUUCUACUUGCCCAUGAGCUUCCGCCACCCGGGACUGGGGGCUCUACUGCCUUUGCCGACAUGAGGGGCGCCUACCGUGAUCUUGACGACGAUUUCAAGCACUUUUUGCACGAAAGAAACUUCAUUGCCCGUCAUUCCAUUCUACAUUCCAAGAAGAUGGCUGCUCCGGAGCAUUUCAAAGAUGUUAACCCUACAGAUCAUUUUAUGUCCCGCCACUUACUACUGCAAGAGCACGAGCGCACCGGCAUUCCCACUAUUUACCUCGCCAAACAUAUCCACUCACUCGAAGGUGUCUCCCCGGAAGAAUCUCAGAAGGUCCUUGAUAGGCUUUUCGAGCACUCCACUCAAGACAAGUACGUCAUUGAAGUGGAAUGGAUGAAUGUUGGUGAUAUGAUUGUCUGGGAUAAUACAUGUACGAUGCACCGUGCCAUCAGUGGCGAGUUCAUGACCAAGUACAGGAGAGACAUGCGGCGUGCUACUGUGCAUGAUGACAGCAGUUUAGCAUGGGGCCUGAAUUCCAAGAGCGAUCAGCGGAUGGGGCUCCCUUAA